AUGACUACUAAUAAGAUUGAAAAAUUGCAAAUACAGAAACACAAUCUAUCCCUCAAUGAACAAAGAGCCCUUAGUGAACUUUGCAAUAAUAGAAAUCUCAUUAUAAAGCUGUCUGACAAAGGUGGAAAUACAGCCCUCCUCAAUCGAGACAUGUACAUCUCUAUGUGCUUGGACCACCUCACUGAUUCCUCUUGCUAUGAGAAACUAUCUAAAGAUCCCACCAUGAGAUAUAUGGAAGAAUUUAAACAGGUCCUGAACCAAGCACUAGAGGGUAAUGUAAUUACCAACAAGGAAUUUUAA